AUGGUUGGGAGUUGUGAUUUGGCCAAGGUGAGUGCCCAUCGUGACUUAAUUGAUAAAACGAGGUCCAGUGCCAAUCCUGUGACGAUCUUCAAAGCUGUGAUGACAUGAGGAAUGAGUUGAAUGCCAUCAAAAAUCUAUGUGCUAAACAUGAACGUCUCUACCGUAAAUUCUCCCAUUGGAAGAAUUCCAUCGCCAAAGUAAGCCCCCAGCUUCUCUUGGAUUAAUCUAUCCUUCAGAAUGAUUGUCAACUCGAGAUUUUGAAUGAGACUGCUGCCGUUCUUAGAGCCCGUCAAGAGAUUCUGGCUGAGACUUUGGCUCUCCGAAGAGGUGGGUUGUUUCUUCGAGAUUGAUCUUGCAUAAAGCCCUUCGUUUAGGCGAUCCUGAGCUCUUAAGACAACUUCAUCAAGAUAUUCAAGCUGUUGAGAAUCAAGUUGAUUGCUGGAUGAAGGAUCUUGCAGAGAUCAGUAGUGAUCGUACAAAGUUGGAUGUAAGAAAAAAUAUGAAACGCAUGCUAUAUGCUCUUCCAGAUUGAACUAAUUCAACUUCGCUGUAAAUUACAACGCUCCAUGACCAACAUCGAAUUGGCUCAUAUAGAUUUCGAGAUGAUUGAGGAACAACAUCGCGAGAUCUGGCGACGAUUUCUCUACGAACUCCCGAAACCCGAGAAACGAGUUGCUGAUUUACCCGAGUCAUCCUGA